GCAAACCAAUACAUGUGCAGCAUCAAAAUCGUUGGUCAAAAUAAAAUAGCAGACUUUAAAUAUGAAUUAUUUAAGAGUCAUUCGGAAUAAUUGGAAAAAAUGCACGUUCGGAGCGGCAGUGUCUGUUUACGCUCUGCAAUCGCUGAAAACGCACAUUGAGAUUGAACAACAUAUGAGGGAGUUUGCCUCGCAGAUUCAAUCAAAUCAAAUGGCUGAUCAACCAAAGAAGGUGCUUGUGGUCAUGAAUCCCGUGGCCAAUAAGAAGAGAUCGGAGAAAUUUUUCAAGAACUACUGCGAGCCGGUUUUGCAUUUAGCUGGUUACUCUGUGGAGAUCCUGCGUACCAACCACAUUGGACAUGCCAAGAGCUAUGUGGAGGAGAUGGCUGCGCUGCCCGAUGCGAUUGUGGUAGCCGGCGGCGAUGGAACCUCAUCGGAGGUGGUGACGGGACUGAUGCGACGGCGGGGCAAUCUCUGCCCCAUCACCAUUCUUCCGCUGGGCCGCUCUGUCCAGGCCGCCUCGAAGCGCCUCCAGAUCUUUGGCGUCAAGGAUGUGGCCUAUGUGAAGAGCCUGUGCAAGGCACUGGAACCCAUGCUCAAGGAUGAGAGCCAGUACCAAAGCGUGAUACGCUUUGAUGUCAUCGAGGGAGACGAAGAAAACGACAGCCAGCUGAAGCCCAUAUUCGGCCUGAAUGGACUCUCCUGGGGCCUGAUGGAGGACAUCAAUUCGGCCAAGGAUAAGUACUGGUACUUUGGCCCCCUGCGUCACUAUGCAUCCGCCGCCUCCAAGUCGUUUGCGGACAACUGGAGCCUGAAGACUGACUAUGUGUACACACCGCCUUGCCCAGGCUGUGUGGAUUGUGCUUCGGUUCAGCGGCAGGAUGAGCUGCCCGUCGGCGGUGGCCUCUUCACCAGGAACCUCUUUAAGUACCAGAGGAACAGCGGCGAGGCCAGGAGGACUUUGGCUAAGAACGACCAGUGCGGCAACAAGUUCGAGGGCAGCGUGGAGGCCAGCCAGAUAAACAUCAAUUGUGUACAGAACGAGGAGAACUUUGCGGAGCUGGAGAGCCAGUUCAUCAGCUCGCUGCAGCCGGGCUGGGAGUUCAUCAAGCAAAUUCCGCAGGUCACCUGCAGCAACAUCCUGCCCAGCCUGGUGGUGAAGAGUCGCACCAUUCAGCUGCUUCCGGCCGGUGAAAUGGCAGAGAAAUUCUACGCCAUUGACGGCGAGGAGUACGAUGCAAGACCCAUUAAGGUAUCUGUUGUCCCCAAUGCUAUUAAAGUUUUUUGUUGAAAUUUUAAA